GACAAGUGAAAUACAUCUCCUGUUAAACUUCUGUGAAACAAUAGGUGUACGUUGUGACGUGUUUAAGCGUUACCGAACUUAAUGCAUGACAACUCACAUGGACGUUGCUUAUCUGAAGCCCCGCAAUACAGUGGGUUUAAAGGGACUAAUAUGAAGCGUUUCAUAAAUACGUAAUUACAGGCUUUAAAUGUCGCGGCGAUGUACUCGAUUUAUAAUUAUUGUUGUGUUAGUGAUAAUUUGUGUCGCCCUGAUCAGUGUUAUAAAUGUAGGCGAAUUGAGUGUUGCGGCGGCUUCCGGUGUGUACGGUGAAAAAUCAACGUCUUAUUCCAAGAGUGGAAUGCGGUUCAACGCAAGCGAGCGCACAGGACGUUUCAGCAAUGACAAUAUGUCAAGCUUUUAUAGGAAAUCGAAGUACACUAUGGGAUAUGAAUUAAAAGUAAACCUGUCUUUGGACUCUUGUCAGGCGGUUCCAGAUUUACUUGUAGGAAGACUGAAAAUUGACUUUGAGGCGGCACUUAAAUCUGCACCGCCCCCGGCAGCCCAUGAUGUGUUGCCAGGUGGCGCAUGGAGUCCGAAUAGCUGCGUUGCUAGGCAACGGAUAGCAAUCAUCAUACCGUUUCGUGACAGGCAGAAACAUUUGGACAUUUUAUUAUACUAUCUUGUUCCAGUAUUGACCCGACAACAAGUGGCCUUCCAAGUAUUUGUAGUAGAACAGUACGGCAACAAAGCCUUCAACAAAGGUCGGCUUAUGAACAUCGGGUUUACGGAAGCGCGGAAACACGAUGAGUUUGACUGCUUCAUCUUCCACGACGUCGAUCUCAUACCGGAAGACGAUAGAAACAUGUACACGUGCUCUGAGAACCCUCGGCAUAUGUCCCCGGCCGUGGAUAAGUUGGGUUAUAAAUUGCCAUACAAGGCGCUGGUGGGAGGGGUGCUCAGCAUCAAGCCAGAACAUUAUAGCAGGGUCAACGGGUAUUCGAACCUUUACUGGGGCUGGGGCGCAGAGGAUGAUGAUAUGUACUACAGACUUUCAGCUUCGAAGAUAAGUGUUUUACGGCCCCCAUUCACGAUUGGAAGGUAUAAAAUGAUAAAACACGACCGCAAAGAAGUUUCCCCAGCAAAAGUCAGAUAUUACCUCUUGAGAACAGUGCGGAAACGUUUCUUAAAAGACGGCCUCAACACUUUAGAGUACAGAUUGGUUGAUACCCGGCUUGAGAAGUUGUACACACGUAUUGUAGCGGAUGUAGGUGAUCCACCAAAGAAUUCGGACAAAAUUUCAGCUUUCGUAACAUAGAAAUGCUUAACAUUAUUUUUUCGAAUAUUUGUGAUAGUGUUCAAAUAUUGUAUUAUUUUUGCGGUCGAAUAACUUAUAUAUGUUUAAAAUGAAAUAAAAUAUUUACUCGA